GCGCUGGGCCGGCCGGCAGCGCACACGCGGCAGGCGCCGCGGAGCAGCGAGGUCCCAGGCGGCAGCGCUCGGCGCAGUCCUCGCUCCGGCCGGGCCAUGAAGGUCGAGUUUGCGCCGCUCAACAUCCCGCUGGCGCGGCGGCUGCAGACGGCGGCGGUGCUGCAGUGGGUCCUGUCCUUCCUUCUGCUCGCACAGCUGUGCCUUGGAGUCAUCGUGUUCCUGGUCAUGUACAACUACUGGUUCCUCUACAUCCCUUAUUUGACUUGGCUUUACUUUGACUGGCAAACCCCAGAGCAAGGAGGCAGGAGAUCCGACUGGGUCAGAAGCUGGACCAUUUGGAGGUACUUUAAGGACUAUUUUCCAAUUCAUCUCAUCAAAACUUGGGAUUUGAAUCCAAGUCAAAACUACAUAUUUGGGUUUCACCCCCACGGAGUGCUUGUUGCUGGAGCCUUUGGAAACUUUUGUACAAACUAUUCAAACUUCAAGGAGCUGUUUCCUGGCCUUACUGCAUAUCUUCACGUGCUUCCGUUUUGGUUCCGGUGUCCGCUCUUCCGGGAAUAUCUGAUGAGUAGUGGGCCAGUCUCAGUUUCCAGGAGAAGUGUGUCUCAUGUGCUAAGCAAGGAAGGAGGUGGAAACAUCUCAGUCAUUGUGCUUGGGGGUGCAGAAGAAUCACUGGAUGCCCAUCCUGGGAAGUUCACUCUGUUCAUCCGCCAGCGGAAGGGAUUUGUGAAAAUUGCUUUGACCCAUGGUGCUUAUUUGGUGCCAGUGUUUUCUUUUGGUGAAAAUGAACUAUUUAAACAAGUUAGCAACCCUGAAGGCUCAUGGCUUCGAACUGUGCAGGAGAAACUACAGAAGAUCAUGGGAUUUGCUUUGCCACUGUUCCACGCCAGAGGAAUUUUUCAAUACAAUUUUGGCCUAAUGCCCUAUAGGAAGCCCAUCCACACUGUUGUUGGCCGCCCAAUCCCUGUUCAUCAGACCCUGCACCCAACCCCAGAGCAGAUUGAGGAGUUACAUCAGACCUAUAUGGAGGAGCUACGGAAAUUAUUUGAGGAGCACAAAGGGAAGUAUGGUAUUCCAGAAAAUGAAACUCUCAUUUUUAGAUAACUGUCCUCCUAGAAGGCAUGCAAGAGGGCGAGAGACUAUCCCACUGAAAGAACAAAUAUUUAAAAUAAAUUAAAUUUUUUCUUUGAUGAAGGAAUCAAAUUUGCAACUGAGAAGUAUUAUGUACGGUGACAGAUGUUGAUGUUUAUCUAUGGUAACUAAAAAUCCAGUGGGUGACUAUAGGGUAGGGUUGGAGAUGAUUUUCAGCCUUUUAAUCAUCUUCCUCAUUUCGGAAGGUAAAAAUUAUUUUACAAGUUAAGAAGAGGUUUAGAAUUAUUCACGUGCGGAACUUCCCUGGUUGCGCAGUGGUUAGGGAUCCACCUGCCAAUGCAGGGGACUCGAGUUCCAGCCCUGGUCUGGGAAGAUCCCAUAUGGCACAGAGCAACUGAGCCCGUGCACCACAACUACUGAGCCUGUGCUCUAGAGCCCACGAGCCACAACUACUGAGCCCACGAGCCACAACUACCGAAGCCCGCACGCUUAGAGCCUGUGCUCCGCAACGAGAGAAGCCACUGCAGUGAGAAGCCCACACACCACAGCAAAGAGUAGCCCCUGCUUGCCACAACUAGAGAAAGCCUGUGCGCAGCAAUGAAGACCCAACGCAGCCAAAAUAAAACCAAAAAUUAAUCACGUGCUUAAAAAAAAUGGCGGCUUCAAAAAAAUCAUUAGACCCCUUUACUAAAUAUUACAAUAACUUAAUGUGACGUUUUCACUGAAUAUGACAGCUGUUGUUCAGCACAGCUGGAACAUUUACAAGACAGUGUGUAAAAUAAUUUGCCAUGUAGAACUGGCGGACGUCAUUUUUUUUUCUGCUUGAACAGACCAUUUAUUAGUGAAUAAUGUUACUUUCAAGACUUAGAUAAUUUGAUCCUUCAGGUCAUAUCAACCAACGCAUUUUUAUACAAUAUUGCAGAAUUUUAAUGCCAUUUUGGAAACAGGGUGAAUCUACCAUAUGGAAACCCAUGUGGAUGAGAGCGUGUCUUCUCUUUUCUGAUUGUGCUUAGAAAUAUUCAUUGUUGCCAUUUGCUUAGAAAUAUGUUCGUUUGCUACAGGUAAGGAGGUCUUUUGGAAGACAUGCUUUGGAUGGGUUUUAAGACGUUGAAAUUCCAGAAGGUUUUCACAGUAAAAGGAGGGGUUUUAAUUGUCUUCCAAUAUGGCCUCUUCGAGUAAGAUGAGCUCUGAGAGACAGCUCCCUCUCUGGUGAGAUGUGACCAGUUCACAGUUGACUCGGGUUAUAUGAUUCUCCCUAAACCAGAAUGUCAGGUCCGAGGGAGCGGGAUCCUGUCCUUCCUGUUCAUGGAUGUCUCCUUAGCGCCUGGGUCAGCUCAUGAUACAUAGUAGGCAUGAAAUAAGUACUUGUUGAAUGGGUGUAUUUCUAGGUGAACACACAAACCUUGCCAUAGGUAAAGAAUUUUUUAAAGCUGUACCGUAGUAUGAAACCUAUUCUAAGAAAAGACGUACUUUCCGAAGGAGGUAAUUUAUGUGUGAUUGUCCCGUGCCAGUAAUUGACAAUAUUGCAGGCUGGUUUGUAAGGAGCAAGUUGAGGAGGGUUUCUGAGAAUUAGUCACUAAGCAUUAAGUAAUUAUCCAAUAAGUAAGAAGAAUAUCUAGUUUCCAAGUGAUCUCCACUGCCACAUGUCUUUCUAUACCUCCUCCACUCUCAGUAUUUGGGGGCAACUUUAUUGAGUUGUUCUAACUUACUGUUACUACGUGUUUAAAACCCCUAAUUUUUAAAACAUCAGGCCCUGGGCUAGAGCCUGGAUUGGGUGUAGCAACAGCAAAACACAAUCAUGCUGGGUAAUGCCGUGAGUAGGAAAGCAUUUCGCACACGAAAAAGGGAACCUUCUCGAUUGUUCUAUAGAAGACUUUUAGGCCAGCAUCCCUUUGGCUUCAUAUGAUUGAGCAGUGCAGGAGGCCACUGACACAAGGCCUUAAAAUUAGAUCAGUUUUUUUGUCAAAGCAGAGAAUAGGGCACAUCCUAUUUUAUUCUCUCUCUCUCUCUCUCUCUCUCUCUCUUUUUUUUUUCUGGCCUCUCCUUGUGGCUUGCGGGAUCUUAGCUCCCCGACCAGGGGUUGAACCUGGCCUCUGGCAGUGAAAAUGCCAAGUCCUAACCGCUGGACCUCCAGGGAAUUCCCAGGACACAUCCUAUUUUAAUAGACGCUGAUAAUUUGACGAUAAAUCCUUUUUGGUAUUACUCAAUACCAAACAAAUGUAAAAGGAGCACUGUUUACAUAAAGCUAUGCCCUAGCUGGUCAGGGGUAAGUCUUUCUGAGCAGAGCUGAGAGGCCCAAGUAACCACAACAACUAAAGGCCUUUAAGUAUUAUAAAAUCCAUGAACUUCAUUCCUUUGGAGAAGUUUAUGAAAAUCUCAUGACACAGUCUUUUGCGAUCUCACAAGGUAUGAAUUUUAAUCUCACACUCAGUAGUGAGGGGGCCAAGAUGACCACCAACUUCCACUGCAUUGUCUAGGAAGCAGUUAAAGCCCAUGUGUGGAAAGCAGAGGCCCUGAAAAAUGGGAAAAGUUCUGCUCUGAUGAAUUUAUUUAGAAUUAUGCCAUUUAAAAAAUCUAGACAUCAGCGACUUUAAUUUUGGCAUACAUAAAAUCUUAUUUUUAGGUACGUGUUAGGGAGUUGAUCUCCAGAGGUCUUAAUCCAGCAAAGCCAGAAGUCCUUUCAUAAACUCAAAGCAUAGUUGUAAGUUCCAUACAGUCCUACAGACUGCAAAUGAAUACAUAUAUAUUUUUGAAUUUAUUUAUUUAUUUUUGGCUGUGUUGGGUCCUUGUUGCUGCGUGGGCUUUCUCUAGUUGAGGUGAGCGGGGGCUACUCUUCGUUGCGGUGCGCGGGCUUCUCAUUGCAGUGUCUUCUCUUGUUGCAGAGCACGGGCUCUAGGCGCGUGGGCUCAGUAGUUGUGGCACGUGGGCUCAGUAGUUGUGGCUCACUGCCUCUAGAGCGCAGGAUCAGUAGUCUUGGCUCCCGGGCUUAGUUGCUCCGCGGGAUGUGGGAUCUUCCCGGGCCAGGGCUCGAACCCGUGUCCCCUGCAUUGGCAGGUGGAUUCUUAACCACUGUGCCACCAGGGAAGCCCGCAAAUGAAUAUUUUGAUAGGAAUUUUUGCUACAACACAAACGUGAGCCAUAUAUUGUAUUCAUUAGUCUGGUUGGAUGGAGAUCUCAACUUUAAAACUUCUCAUCUAAUAUAUAAUUGCAUGUAAAAUUUAAAGAGCAAAACAAAAUAACGAGAACAACAACAACAACAAAAAUUACCCCAGAACACCGGAAGAGAAACUGGGCAUAUUGCCUUAAGAAAACGUGCACUUACGCUAUUUGAUUUGGACAUCUCUUUCUCCUGUUUCCUUUGCACACCAGGUGCAGGCUGAGUCAUUUCCUUUGUCUUGCAGCUAGAAGUAUUGAAAUUGUCCCUACCCAGCUAGGUCUAUGAUGUUCACAUUGAAGUUUGCAGCUUUGGUGCUUAUGAAAGCCAGCCAGUUUUGUUCUGUCUCAAGGGGAACCAGGGCAAGGGAUGCUGCGUGGUUUAUGCAAACCCUUCACCAUGACUGUGAAAACAGUCAAAGUCUGUAUAAAUCAGGGGUGAUGAGUGAGCCUUUAUUAUUUGUGUAGGGUUAAAGGUAAAAUCCCUACUUCCAGCAGAAGGUACAUUUCUGUCAAGGGAAGCACAGGAGGUGGAAUCUAGAUUCAGUGCCCUUACUUCUGUAACUUUGCAUCUCUUCCAAACUACCUCACUGGUGCAGAUUGCCAAAUUUGUGAUAAAUCUGAAAACAUGUUUGUGGUGCAUUAUCUUUGUCUUCUUUUCCUCUGAAGGAGGAGAAAAUGUUGAUGGGAUCUGUCGGUUGGUUGGUUUUUUCCAAUAGCCCAAGUUUGCUGGUUCUCACAUGUAUAUAUAUUUUUUCUAAGCUAGGUGAUAAAAUGUCUAUUUGUGGGGCUGGGAGAGUACCUUCUAGUAGAAUUUGUAUUUUUUAUUUUUAUUUUUUUUUGUGGUACGCGGGCCUCUCACUGCUGCGGCCUCUCCCGUUGCGGAGCACAGGCCCAGCGGCCAUGGCUCACGGGCCCAGCCACUCCGCGGCAUGUGGGAUCUUCCCGGACCGGGGCACGAACCCGCGUCCCCUGCAUCGGCAGGCGGACUCUCAACCACUGCGCCACCAGGGAAGCCCUGUAUAUCUUUUUAAAGGAGAAAAACAAGGCAGUGUCGAAAUAACCAAGUAGUUGCUCCUGUUUCUGUAGGAUGGUAAACACAGAAGCAGUUCUUUAUAUUUAAAACAAAGGGAUUUCUCUAAUGCCUUGUAUUGGGUUGACCAAAAAGUUUGUUCCAGAUUUCAAUGUUACAAAAACCCGAACGAACUUUUUGGCCAUCCCAAUAUUUUAGUUAUUUUAAUUAAUCUUUCCCAAACACCAUCAGCUUAGUGCCUUAAUAUCUUAUAUGAGAAGAAGAAAUUUUAUCUCAAUCCAUAGAUAACUCAUGGGGUGAUGAGUUCCUCGGUGGCAGAAACUGUGCCUUGCGUGUGUUUCGAUCCUGGCCCAAAGAGAGCAGACUUCUGCCAUCUCUCCGUGAAUGCUUGAGGCAUUGACCUGGAAGUUUGAUGGAUGGUGCCGUGGAAGCCCAGUUUUAGAGCUAGAAAGAACUUCAUAGUCUGUCAGUUAUUCCUUCUGCAGAUGAAGCAGUUGAACCCCAGUGAGGUUUAAUACGCAUUGGAACGGACCCCAUGUUCUAGAUUGAACAGGAGGUACUGCUAUUCUGUGACUGUUGAUUAAUAAACCCAGGAAUCCUCCUAUAAAGCAGAAGCAUCAAAGAAGUAGAGUACGAUGAAAAAUACACUUAAGGCAAGGAAUUUAACAGCUCUGCAGCAAGCUCUGUCUUCUUGGUAUUAAGAACAUUUUUCUUUCUUGAGAUCAGUACACUGCACUGUUGACUUUUCCUUUUUGCAAGAGCUAUUUUGGUGAUGUGUCCUGGGCAAAGCCCAAGUUUCCAACAACAGGCUUAGCCACUGGAGCCUUAUGUAUUGCAACAGCAGGAUGGGGCAAGCUGCCUCAGGCCCAGGGCGGGUGACAGAGCCUGCAAACAUCUUCCCUCUCAGCUGUGUUGUGAUCGUUAAUGCAGCCAAAGCCAUCCCACCACUCAGACAGGGGUGCAAGCAGAGCUUCUAUUACCUCACAGUCAGCUCCAAGCCCCAGUCCAUUUUGGCUUCAGCCUCCUCCAGCUGGCUUGUCACAGCUGCUUUUUUUUUUUUUUUUUUAAUAGCUCUUAGAUUCUGGUUAAGAAUUAUCUUAGGCUCUCUUGAGAAUAAAGGUAAAUCCGACCUUCCUUGUAUUCCCAAAGGAAUUGGGAAUUGGCGUGACUCUCUCCUGUUCCAUUUCCAAACCAACUUGGAGCUUAAGGUCUUGCUGGUUGGAUUUCAAUCCCUCUUUUAUGGGGAUGCAGUCAUGUUGAGACAACCACAGAAAGUAACUAUCCCAUUAUUUUCUGCUCUCCAGGCUUCUAUGUUCAAAUCAUCCUUUAGUCCCUGGCCUUCCACUAAUUGGCCGUGUGACCUGGGCUCCGUGGCUUCCUAUGUAAAUAGAGUUAGGAGUGAAUGAUCUCCGAGGUUCCUUCUGGCUCUAUCUCUGUGGUCUCUCCCUGGCCUUUUUUCUGUCAUUGUGAUGACAUCUAGUUGGAGAUGCAGAUUUAUGUGAUGACUUUUCCUUUUCCUGUACCAUCCUCAUUUGAUUGUGUUCCUCCAAGACAUGCAGUGAGUUCAAACGAUUGUCUCACCUUCUGGUUAUUUAUAAAACACAGAUUGCUACUGAAAUUUCUUCACAGUGACCUUUCAUCAUGGUGUUUUUAAGAAAUCAUUUACAUCUCUACGUAAAAAUCAGAGACAUUUAUCUAUGAGGCUUCCUCCUUUAUAUCAUUCAAAACUAGAGCAUAACAGUUUAUUACUUGUUAAACUCUUUCUAGAAGAUGGUGAAUUUUUAUAUUUUCUUUAUUGGGUGUGUGGCUGUGUGCUUUUUAAAAGCUCUCGGUUUGUAAAGUUUUGACCAAUAAAUGUGUUUUCUGCCCAAGUUAUAAAUGUGUGAGUGUCUUGUUUCACUUGGAUGGAAUGCUUUUCCUUUCCUCACACCUUGACAAGGCUGAAUUAACUUGGACUUGGGGAUGAAUACAGCAAGGGAAUUGCAGUGAAAAGGUGAGCAUUGCAAAUUCUCCUACUGAAGAGUCAGUCCUUUAAAUUCACUUGCUGGGAUAAAAGACAAAACAGAAAACAGGGGCAGGGCUAACAAAAAAGUACAGGUGUGCAGGGUGAAACGAGAGCAGAGAACAAGAGCAGAGGACAGUGAGAGGAAACAAGUCAGGAAAUUGCUGUGGUCUCAUGUGGUUGGAAUAAGUGUGAAACCUCUCAGAUCCAGGAAUAUUAAAAAACUGGUCAAAAAAUUUACAGGUUCUCAGUCAAGUGAAUCACUUCUAGUGCGUACUGGGUUUCUUUUUGGAUGAUGAAAGUGUUCUAAAAUUAGAUUGUGGUGACGGUUGCACAAUUCUGUGACUAUUCUAAAAACCCCUAAACUCUACACUUUAAAUGGGUGAAUUGUACAGUAUGUGAAUUAUGUCUCAAUAAAGACGUUUUAUAAACUCAAGUCAAUCAGACACUUGCCAAAAUAAAGGGAGAAGUUUAAAAAUUCUUUUGUUUAAUGUGUCAGAAAUGAAAUGGCCUCCCUUUGAUGCCAGCACUUUGAAUGGUG